AGUUUGCUGAAGGACUGGAGAAGGAGAAGAAGAGGCGGUGGCAGCGGCGGCUCUCGAGCAGCUCCUUGAGCGCGCUUCAAUGACCCCCGCCCGGCGUGGCGACCCGCUGACACCUCCGCCAUGAGCUGCUUGGACGUGAUGUACCAGGUGCUCGCUGCGCAGCCCUACUUCAGCCCCUACACGCCCUCCCACCACCAACACCACCAGAAGCUGACCUUGGACUCCAAAAUGGACGGGCGUCCCCCCGCUGCCCCCACCAUCAAGGAGGAGGACAAGGAGCUGCCCCCGGGGGCCGAGUACCUGAGCUCCCGCUGCGUCCUCUUCACCUAUUUCCACGGCGACAUCAGCGCCGUCGUCGACCAACACUUUAGCCGUGCGCUCAGCCACGCCUCCUCCUUGUACCCCCCCGGGGGCCACAAGACCCUCAAAGACGCCUCGUUCCCGAUGAGCCAGCGAAAUUUCCCGCCGUCUUUCUGGAAUAGUUCCUAUCAGUCGUCUGCGCCGUCCUCGCUGGCGAGCGCUCUGUCGGCCCCCCACUCGGACCUGGCCUUCUCCGGGGGCGACCCGUACGCGCUCCACGGCCACCUGCACCAGCCCGGACCCCCUGACGCCUGGCACCCGUCCCACCCGCAUCACCCCUACUCGUUCGGCGGCGGCGGCCUCGGCACGCAGGGCUCACCGUACCCGCGGCCCGCCGUGCACGAGGUGUACGGCGCCGCCUUCGAUCCGCGCUACGGCUCGCUGCUGGUGCCCUCCGUCAGGUCGCACCACCGCCUGGCGGCCAGCGGAGGCUCGGCGGCGCACGCCGGCGCCUUGCCGUGCGACCUGGCCGGCGGGAAAGGCGAGUCGGUGGCCUGGAGCGGGACUUUCUCCGCUGUUGGAGAGAUUGGACUCAACGUGGACGCAGGUCUGCAGACGCAGGACAAGAGCAAGGACUUGUACUGGUUCUAGACGGCGCCAAAGCAAAGACUUGUUCCGCUUCCAGACGCUUUCCGCCUUCAUUUCGCUUCUUCACUCUGACGGACAAAUUGAAGCUGUACUUUGUGAUGUCACCGUGACGGCG